AUGAAAGGUUCCUCAUUCCUCUCGCAGGUGCGGCCCGGCUGUUUCCGUGUUGUUGUGCACGCCAAGCCGGGGGCCCGCAGCUCCGCCCUCUCGUGCCGCCCAACGCUGGCGGAUGCGGCGCUCGAAGUGCGGGUGGCGGCACCGCCGGUGGAGGGAAAAGCGAACGCGGAGCUUGUGGAGUUCAUGCAGUCUUUGCUCGAGCAGCAAUUGCGGUUCCACACACGGGUGGGAUUGGCGAGUUCCGCCGAUGCCGGUGUGGUGGACAACGACACCGUCUGGCGUGAGGGUGGGAAUGUGGAGAAGAAUAAGAAUAAGAAGAAUAAUAAUAAUAAUAAUAAUAAUGUGAAGAAUAAGAAGAAGAGUGAAGAGGAAUGUGUGGGGUCUACAGAGAAAUUGCGGGUCUCAUUAGUGAGUGGUGCUACGGCUAGACAUAAGGUGCUUGAAGUGACCUUUGGUGGGACGCAGGAGGAGUUGUUUAGUUUGUUGGAAUCGGCAGAUACUACAGCGAAGUGA